AUGCCCUUCAACCAGCUGGGGACGCUGGCGGGGAGCAAGUACUACAACGUGGAAGCCACCUAUUGCUACUUACGCUGUAUCCAGUCUGAAGUGUCCUUUGAAGGUGCCUACGGGAACCUGAAGCGGCUGUAUGACAAAGCAGCCAAGAUGUAUCACCAGCUGAAGAAAUGUGAAACCAGGAAGUUGUCUCCGAGCAAGAAAAGAGGCAAAGACAUUAAGAGGUUGCUGGUGAGCUUUAUGUACCUGCAGAGUCUUUUGCAGCCAAAGAGCAGCUCUCUGGAUUCGGAGCUGACAUCCCUCUGCCAGUCUGUGCUGGAGGAUUUCAACCUGUGCUUGUUCUACCUGCCCUCUCCUCCUAAUCUGAGCUCAACUAGCGAAGACGAAGAAGAGUAUGAGAGCGGCUACUCCUUCCUUCCUGAUCUCCUGAUCUUUCGCAUGGUGAUCAUCUGCCUUAUGAGUGUUCACAGCCUCAAGAGGGCAGGUUCAAAGCAGUACAGUGCAGCCAUCGCUUUCACGCUGGCCCUCUUCUCUCACCUGAUAAAUCACGUCAAUAUUCGCCUCCAGGCGGAGCUAGAAGAAGGGGAAAAUCCCGUCCCGGCCUUUCAGAGCGACGGCACAGAUGACCAGGAGCCGCGGGAGGCGUUGAUUGAGAAGGAGGCUGAAGCUGACUUGGCCAAUCAUCAGCCCAGCGAGGAGCAACGGAAGAAUGACUGCAAGAAAAGCAAGAAAUACUCCCGCCUCUCCUGUUUGCGUCGCCGCCGCCACCCCCAGAAGGUGGACGAGAGCGACCUGAGCGAGGGCUUUGACUCUGACUCCAGCCAGGGCUCCAUAAAGGGCAGUGACGGCUCAGAGAGUGGCUCAGAGAAGAGCGACGAGGAAGCAGAAGCUGCUUUUGAUGUGGAGACGGACUCUGACAUGAACAGCCAAGAAUCUCGGUCCGACUUGGAGGACAUGGAGGAUGAGCCGGGGGAGGAGGGAAGCGGCCGAGGCAAAAGCGGGCCCAAAGAGGCCUUAAACUGUGUGGAUGGCAGUGGGAUGGGGGACUCCAAGAGCCAGAGCAUCUCUAAAAUGGAGGCUCUGGAUCCAGCAGUCAAUGGGCCGGCUUCCCUGAGCACUAAUGACGCCAGCAUAGCCAGCAAUCUCCAGGCCAUGUCCACGCAGCUGUUUCAGACCAAACGCUGCUUUCGCUUGGCUCCUACUUUCAGCAACAUCCUUCUGAAACCGAACAGCGACCCUCCCGUCCUGAAGGACGGGCUGGAAAGCAAGCCCUGUGUCAAUGGAGAUCUGGAGAAGCCCGGCUUGGCAGAGCAAGAUGACGUGUCUGACUCCGAGGAAAGCAUUUCAAGUAACAAAUCCUGCAGGAAUGAGCGAUCCCUUCAGGAGAAGCUCGAGAUUGUGACCAACGAAGGGCUGCUUCUCACUGUCAAGGUGUUCCUGGACUGGCUGAGGACAAACACGGAUCUCAUCAUCAUGUGUGCUCAGAGCUCUCAGAGCCUGUGGAACAGGCUGUCCGUGCUCCUGAACCUUCUGCCUUCUGCUGCAGACCUGCAGGAAUCAGGGCUGGCCCUGUGUAAUGAAGUCAAGGACAUUCUGAGCGGUGCUGAGCUGCCAGACCUGAAAGCCAACUUGCUGCUCCCGGAAGAUGUGGCCCUACGAAAUCUUCCCCCUCUGAAAAAUGCCCACAAGAGGUUUAACUUCGAGCAGGACCGGCCCAUUUUCUCAGCGGUUGAGGAGUCCGUCGUCCGGAUUUGCUGCAUUCGGAGCUUUGGCCACUUCAUCACCCACUUGCAAGGCAGCAUCCUGCAGUUCAACCCCGAGCUCGGGCUCUUCAUCAGCAUCGCCCAGUCGGAGCAAGACAACUUGCUGCACCAGGCCCAAGCCCAGUUUCACAUGGCUGCAGAGGAGGCUCGUCGGAACAGGCUGAUGAGAGAUAUGGCUCAGCUUCGACUGCAGCUGGAGGUUUCUCAGCUGGAAGGAAGUCUCCAGCAGCCCAAAGCGCAGUCAGCCAUGUCUCCUUACCUUGUCCCGGACACCCAGGCCCUCUGCCAGCACCUGGCUGUUGUCAAGCAGUUGGCCACCAGCGGGAGGUUCAUAAUCAUCAUCCCUCGAACAGUGAUUGAUGGCUUAGACUUCCUGAAAAAGGAGAACGCAGGUGCCCGGGACAGCAUCCGAUAUCUGGAGGCGGAAUUUAAAAAGGGAAACAGGUACAUUCGUUGCCAGAAAGACGUUGGGAAGAGCUUCGAGAGGCAUAAAUUGAAGAGACAAGAUUUAGAUGCUUGGAAUCUCUAUAAGAUACUGGACAGCUGCAGACAACUGACAGUGUCCCAAGGGAGCGGAGAGGACGACACCACGGGGAUGGUCACCAUCAUCACGGGCUUUCAGCUGGAGGACCCAAGCGCGUUCUCGGCGCCCAUGCAGUCUGCCCUCCAGGCAGCCGCCAGCGCCAGUGUAGAAAUAAAAAAUGUUCUGGAGUUCUACAAGCAGUGGAAAGAGAUGGGCUGA